UUUGUUCCGUCAACGGAAAUGGCAACACUGUAAACUGACGUUCGGGAGACGACGUUUUCCUUCACUCUUUCCGCUUCGUUCUUUCGUGCGCCAUCAUGCCUCCUAAGAAGGAUUCGAAAUCGUCGGCAAAGCAGCCGCAAAAGACCCAGAAGAAGAAGGAAGGGUCUGGUGGUGGCAAAGCCAAGAAGAAGAAGUGGUCAAAAGGAAAAGUCCGCGAUAAGUUGAACAACCAGGUGCUUUUUGAUAAGGCUACAUAUGACAAGUUGUACAAGGAAGUUCCAUCCUACAAGCUUAUCACUCCUUCUGUGGUAUCAGAACGUCUGAAGGUUCGUGGUUCUUUGGCCAGGAGGGCUCUUAUUGAGCUUACCCAGAAAGGUUUGAUUAAACAAGUUGUUCAACAUCGCGCUCAACUUAUCUAUACUAGAACUACGAAGGGAGAUGACGCGGCGGCGUAGAUGUAAUGUACCACCUACAUUUAUUAAAUAAAAAAUAAAAA